CCCAGCCACAACACUCCCACACUGCUGCGUGGUCCCACCCGCGCCCACCACUCAUCCGUACAUUCGGGCUCCCUUUUCUGCCUUGCCGCGCCCUGUUUUUGCCCCUGCUUGUCAUACUGUCGCCCGGCCAUUGCUUUGCUGCAUUCUGUUCGCAUUUUCUCUGUGGUUGCUGGUCACCUUCCGCAGUACUCGCCUUAUCUAUUUAAGUAUUGCAAUCAUGUCCGCCACUAAUCCGACACGUGCGUCUACCCGCGUCAGCCAGGCUCCGGGCGGAACAUCGUCGAUAUCGUUCGGUGACGCGCCUCCGCCCAGCCCCAAGGCGCCUGCUGCUGCGCCCGUUGUGGAGGUUCCUGCUGCCGAGCCUGUCGCUGCGCCCGCUGCUGCUGCGCCCGAGGAGCCCGUCGUCGAUGAAGGCCCUUCUCUGGAGAGCCUGAAGCUGGCUGCGAUUUCCGCAGUGGCUGGCGCAACUGACAGCCCUGGCGUGCGCGACGCCCUUACCACUCUGGUCAAGUCGCUCCAAACCGCUUCUACCGCUGCGGCGAUUGCGUCCUGGGAGACCCCCGCCGGCGCUGCUGCCGCAUCUGGGAGCGCUGCCGCCGCUACUGGUGCCGCGGAGAGCCCGUACGCGGCGUCCCUGGCUGCGCUCACGGCUGCCCUGAAGCUGCGCGGCACGCAUGGCAUCAUCAGCAUUGGCAAGAAGUUCCGCUCCAUGGAUGACAGCGGCGACCACAAGCUUACCUAUGAUGAGUUUAAGAAGGCCCUGGUUGAGAUGAAGCUGGGCCUGAGCGAGACGGACAUGUCCCGCCUGUUCCGGCACUUCGACCGGGACGCCAGCGGCUUCGUGACGUUUGACGAGCUGCUGUUGGGGCUGCGCGGCCAGCUCAACGACCGGCGGCUGGACAUGGUGAAGCGCUGCUACAAGGUGCUGGACAAGACUGGUGACGGAGUGGUGACCCUGGCGGACCUGGAGAACCGCUACGACGCGUCGCGCCACCCCGACGUGGUGGCCGGCAUCAAGACGCCGCGCCAGGUGCUGCUGGAGUUCCUGAGCGUGUUCGAGGAGCAGGGCGGCGGCGUGAAGGGCGACGGGCAGGUGGACUUCGAGGAGUUCAAGACCUACUACGCGAUGAUCAGUGCCAACAUUGAUGGCGGCGAGCACGGCGACGACUACUUUGAGCUGAUGAUGCGCAACGUGUGGCACGUGAGCGGCGGCGAGGGCUGGUGCGCCAACACUACCUGCAAGCGCGUGCUGGUGGUCUUCGAGGACGACAGACAGCAGGUGGUCGAGGUGACGGACGACUUUGACGUGGACACUAAGGACCUGGCCGCCGUUAAGGCCAAGCUGACGGAGCAGGGCAUCACGGGCAUCAAGAGCGUGGCCCUGUACGGUGACAUGUCCUCCACGGAGAGCGGAAGCGGACCGUCCACGUCCGCGCCUCCGCGCACGCCUGGCGCGCCGCCUCGCUCGCCGGCGGGCACUGCCGCUGCUGGCGCACCCGCGUCCUCGCCGGAGCCCUCCAUGCGCCCUGGAACUGGACGCCGCGGCGCGAACCCGGACCACAACCGCAGCAGCAUCAUCUUUGGCUAAGCCCCGCUGGCUGACAGGUGCAAGGAUUUGAUGUGCGUUGGGGCUACUUGAUACAUAGCAGCGUGGGAUUUCCCGUCGACGCAAGCAUGUGAUAGAGGCACAUAUGUUCUAGGCAAGGCUCAUAGCACGAAUGCGGACAACGCUCGCGUACAUAUUCUUUCAAGGUUGUAGAACGGUGAGGACUGUCUAUGGGGUAGCGCAGGUAAUGUGUCCUGCUUGACAAGCCUGGAUUGGCGUUUGCUGCAAGCUGCGACCCGGCAGGUGCAUGCACCUGCAUGUGAUUGUAGGACAUGUUAGGCGGGCUGCGUGCUAAGAUAGAGAGGGAUUCUUUCGGACGCCGACGGCGGGCGAGCAAAGACUGGAGCGUUCGAUGCCUAUAAGUCCGCCUGGAUUCGACUAGCGUGUGCACAAUUCAGUUGUAGUAGUUGGCCACAAUUCGACUCGUAUCUGCAUGGCAGAGUGCAUGAUGUGCACUUAGAGCAAGGAUUCAUAUGUCAUGUGAGGCGGCGCGUUUUUGCCGUUACCGGGGCAGGGUUACUGGCAGACGUCCCGCCUUCAUAUUUUGGGUGUGCAUGUCGGGGCUUCAUCUCGGUUCAGUAACUCCGGCGUUAUACCAGCUGCGCGCUCAUGCCUUGACGUCGCACUUAGAAUGAGGGGUCUGGGAAUACGCUGCACACUACGGGACUACGCCAACCUGCCCCUUACUGCCCCUUACCCUGUCCCAUCCAGUCCCAUCGCAUCCAGGUCAUGGCUUGGUGUCUGACGCUGUCCCUGGCCUUGACCUGGUGCUCUGCCCCACUGGAAUCCUUUGAGAAUGCAGUUGAACACGUUAUCAUGCUGA